AGUCUUUCAUUGGGUGAAAGGAAACAGAGCGACCCUUUCCUUUUGCAGACUCGGUAGGAUUUUUUAGAUCACCGGCUUAAUUUGCAAUCUUGGAAGUAAUUAAAAAAAAAAUCAGAAAUAACACAAUAUUUAGCUCCGAUAACAUGCCGUUAGGAUUUGUUUUUUUCACAUAAAUAAAUCAAAAAUAAGGAUUUAAAAUGGAAGAUCUUUUCCUCCGCAAAUGCUGUGCAAGGUACGUCUUAUUAUUCCUUCUCUCCGCUGUUACAUUGAGAUCCACUUUCGCCGUGACGCAUUAUUCACUUCCAGAGGAACUCGAACAAGGUUCUGUGGUGGCGAAUCUUGCCUCGGAUCUGGGGCUAGACGUGAAGACGCUGAUGGAGCGGAAAAUGCGCUUAGAAAUCAUCGCCCCACGGAAAUACCUGGAUGUGAACAAAGAGACGGGGGAGUUGUUCAUUGCUGAGAGAAUUGACCGAGAAUCUCUCUGCUCUGCAAAGACGUCAUGCUUUCUGAAACUGGAGGCAAUAAUAGAAAACCCCAAACGCAUAUUUUAUAUCGAGCUGGAGAUUUUGGACAUAAACGACAACGCGCCUCAUUUCCGGAGAGACGUAAUAGAUUUAGAUAUUUCUGAAGCCACGCAGGCUGGUGAGCGGUUUUCUGUGAGCAACGCAGUCGAUCCAGAUUCUGGAUCUAAUUCUGUCAAAACGUAUUACCUGAGCGAAAGUGAUUUUUUUACAAUAGAAGUUCAAACGGGGAGAGACGGGUCCAAAUUUGCUGAUUUAAUCCUGAAAAGGGGCUUAAACAGAGAGCAGCAAGCUGUCCAUCAUUUGCUGCUUACAGCUGUGGAUGGAGGCUCACCGCCUCGCUCUGGUACAGCCAGCAUCACCGUUCAUGUGCUAGAUACAAAUGACAACGCCCCUUCAUUUGACCAAGAGAGCUAUGAAGUCAGACUCAUGGAAAAUGCUCCGAUUGGAAGUACAGUUAUUGAUCUCAAUGCUACAGACUUAGACGAAGGCACCAACUCCGAGAUAAUUUAUUCAUAUAGUUUAUAUACAUCAGAGAAAGCACAGGAGACAUUUAAUUUGAACCCAACAACUGGUGAAAUAGCUGUGCGGGGUGUGUUAAAUUAUGAGGAUGUCCGAAUUUAUGACAUGGAAGUGAUAGCAACAGACAAAGGUAUGAGUGCAUUAUCUGGUCAAAUUAAAUUAAAAAUUAUUGUAGAAGAUAUGAACGAUAAUCAUCCACAAUUAUCUAUUAAAUCCUUCCAGAGUCCAGUGAGUGAAAACAUCAAGUUAGACACGGUGAUAGCUGUAGUUAGUGUGAGUGAUAAAGACUCAGGGGACAAUGGACUGGUUGAUCUUCAUAUUCCAGACAACAUGCCUUUCAAACUGAGGGAGUCCUCUGAUAAUUAUUAUGAGUUAGUGGUGUCAGAGCCAUUAGACCGAGAGAAGGUCCCAGAGUAUGACAUCACUUUCACUGUGACAGACAGAGGUUCUCCUCCUUUAUCUGACAAUGAAACAAUGACUUUAGAGCUGCUGGAUGUUAAUGACAAUGUUCCCCAGUUCCCCCAGUCUUUUUAUACCAUACGUGUGAUGGAGAAUAACGCCCCCGGGGCCUUGCUCAGCUCCCUCACUGCCUUUGACCCUGACCUCCAUGAGAACCAGUAUCUAGUGUAUUUCAUCCUGGAGAAGGAGAUCGCCAACACCUCCAUGUCCAUGUUGUUCUCCAUCAACCCAGAGAACGGGAACCUUUAUGCACUGAAGACCUUUGACUAUGAGAUAGAGAAGGACUUUGUUUUCCACAUCGAGGCCAGAGACUCUGGUUCUCCUCCUCUCAGCAGUAAUGUGACCGUCCACAUCAUCAUUGUGGACCAGAAUGACAACGCUCCAUCUAUCGUGUCUCCGUGGUGUGAGCGUGGCUCGGUGGUGGAGGAGAAGAUCCCCAGAUCCACUGACAAAGGCUCUCUGGUUGCCAAGGUGAUAGCCUUGGACAAGGACUCUGUGCACAACUCUCGGAUCACCUACCAGUUCCUGCAGCUGGCUGACGCCUCCUUGUUCAGUCUGGACCAGUACAACGGAGAGAUCCGGACCAUGAGGAUGUUCAGUUACAAAGACCCGCGCCACCACAGGCUGGUUGUUGUUGCCAAGGACAACGGGGAGCCCGCUCUGUCUGCUACAGUCACCAUCAAGCUGCUGACAGUGGAGACUGCUGUGAAGGCCUACUCUGACAUGACUGAGAUGUCACUGGAAUAUGACAUCUUCUCAGACAUCAACCUGUACUUGGUGAUCGGUCUGGGCUCGGUGUCCUUUCUGCUGCUGAUCACCAUACUGGUGACCAUCGUGCUGAAGUGUCAGAAGGUGAAACCCAGCAAAUCGGCUCCUCCCAGCAGGAACAGCGUGAUCAGUGAGAGGAACUCCACCAUCGCAGACUCCACUCUGGUGUCCAACGAUGCCUACUGGUACAGUCUGUUUCUAGCAGAGACCAGGAAAGGAAAGCUGGUGGUCAGACAGCCUGUGCCAAAGGGCUCCAGAUACAUCGUGUCCAGCAUCCCCAGAGGGACAGGACUGUCAGAGACCAGCGACUCAGCAGCUUCCACUCUGCAGGUAGAAGCCACAUUUAAUUAUGUCUGCUUGAAACAUAUUCUUAACAUUCAUACAUAUUUUUGUACUUUUUGGCUUUUUUGUGUCUUCAAAUAUUUAACAAAACUUUAACAUUAGUUUUAUAUUC